AUCUUGCAGGGCUCCUCGUGUGUUUCCCUUCAGCUGUGCGUGUGUGCGGAGCCUUUCACGCUUGGUACCGCCGCGGCCCCGGGAGUUCGACACCACCCAAGACUUGCCAGUCGUGGAACCUUCACUGCACUCCCUUUUUACCAGAUGAAAGAAAUAAUAAUGAAUCAAGAAAAACUAGCCAAGCUGCAAGCCCAAGUACGCAUUGGUGGAAAGGGUACUGCCCGCAGGAAGAAGAAGGUGGUACACAGGACUGCAACAGCAGAUGACAAAAAACUUCAGUUCUCUUUAAAGAAGCUUGGUGUGAAUAAUAUUUCUGGUAUUGAAGAGGUGAAUAUGUUCACAAACCAGGGAACAGUCAUCCAUUUUAAUAAUCCUAAAGUUCAGGCUUCACUUGCUGCAAACACAUUUACGAUCACAGGACAUGCAGAGACUAAGCAGCUGACUGAGAUGCUGCCCAGUAUCUUGAACCAACUUGGAGCUGAUAGUCUGACUAGCUUGAGGAGGCUGGCAGAGUCUCUGCCUAAACAACCUGUGGACAGCAAAGCACCGCUUGCUUCUGGUGAGGAUGACGAUGAUGAAGUUCCAGAUCUUGUUGAGAACUUUGACGAGGCUUCAAAGGAUGAAGCAAACUGAAGUUGACACCUGAGGAUGAUGUGAAGUUUAAAUGACUUUAGAGGGCUGCUAUUUGUAUUAGUUUAAUAUUUUGCUUUUGUAAUAUUACAUUUUUGUACUGUUACACAUAAGUUUGCAGUCACGUGGUGAUUUGGUUAUCCUGUUAAUUUUUGUUAUUUGUAGCAGCUCUUCUAAUGCUAAAUCAUGCAAAUAGAAUGUUUACCAAUUUUGCAGCCUGGUUUAAAGUAGAAAUUCUGCUGGAUUGGAGUGGAAAUAAAGGAGAAAAGUGUCUAUUUUGGUCUAUUGUGGAUUAUAAAAACAAGCAGCUGGCAAAAAUAGCAUAAAGUUAACAAUUUUUACGUGGAAAACAUUUUGGAGAGUGGGGAUUAAAAACCUUGAGUGCUUCUGAUUUAUGAUUAAUUAUCUUUGUAAAAUAUCUUGUGCCAUUUCUUCUGGUUUAGGAUUGUUGUUGAUUUCCUACUAGCAUUCCUGUUCACAAAUUCCUCCAUGCACCCAAAUGGCUGAAUUCUGGAAAAAAAAAAGUAACUGGUGUGUGUGCUUUUGAGGAUCAAGCUGUGAAUUAUGCUGAAGUCAUCGCAUUAAAUCACCAGGAUUUAACAUAAAGCUUCUGGAAAAAUUACUUUAUUGCUCUUUUUGAACAAAUGUUAAUACAUAAACAUUAAAAACAAGCAAUUUUCAUAUGUUAAA